GAUUUUAUUCAUUCCCUUUGAUGUCAUAUUGGAAAAAAGUAGGAUGUCCAAAGAUAUUUGACCUUCCAUAGGAAGAAGAUGUUAAAAACUUUAAGCAACCAUCACAGUAAUGGAUUUCUGUCCGAAAAAUGAGACUGAUUUAGAAAAUAGUGAAAAUAAUGAAAUUCGAAGCACAGAAGAAACAGAACUAACCUGUACUUGUCCAGAUGAAAGAAGUGAAAAGAAUCAUAUUUGGUGUCUUCUUAAUAUCAGUGACAUUACACUUGAACAAGAUGAAAAAGCCCAUGAGUUUAUUAUUGGAACUGGAUGGGAAGAAGCAGUCCAAGGCUGGGGAAGGACUUCUCCAACUGCCUGCAUCUGGUCGAGGAAGAAACCAAAAAAGGCGAGGGUAGGAGAAAGUGCCAGCAGCAGCUGUUUACUCUGUGUCAGUCUCUCCCAAGGGAACCUUGAGGCCAGGCCUUUGAUGGAGGCUGGGAAAUUGGGGGCAGGGGCUAUGGCUGAGGCAAGCCUGGAGAAAGAUCGGAGCAGCCCCUCCCAGAUUCAGGAGCAGCCCCAGAGUCCUAAGACUGCUUCCAGGGAGAUUAGCAAAAUCUGCUUUCCCACCUACAUUCACAAAGAGAAAAAAAGUCUACAAAUGAAGCAAUAUAUUUGGUGCACAGAAGACUGGGUCAUCCCUGAGACUACCAGGGGAAAGGCCCUCAAGAGUCCCAGUGGAGGCACUGACAGAGAGCUCUCCGACUCAGACUCCUUGGUUUCCAGAGCCCUCUCAGUUCUGCCUCCCCUGAAAGCUUCACCACAAAACGGCUUGGAUGUUAUGGGUAAGGAGAGUAAGAACUUUCUCUUGCAGUCAGAAGAGAAGGUACUUUGUGUGGAAAAGGAUGAGCGUAUGGCUUGUGCAUAUGGAUUGAAAAUGGUUGACAGGAAAAGUGAAAAGAGACCCACUGAGCUGGCCAAGCACCUUAAGGUCAACAACAUGCUGCCCUUCCCUUCCCCAGCAGCCCGGACAUCCAUGCUGGCCAACCCUGAGCGGUGCUGCCUGCACUGGUCCCUCCUGCCUGAGAAAAACCUGGUGUGCCCUCCCAACCCCAUCAGCAUUCGCUAUCUUGCCACCCUGCAGCUUUUACAGAAACAGGGAGUGCAAAACUACAAAGCCAAAUUCAAAGUCAAGGAGCCAAGACCUCUCCUGAACACCCAAAAGCAUGUUCUCACAGAGGCCAAGCAGGAAAACAGGCCCCAAACACUGGAGACCAAAGUGUUUCCAAGACCUCUCUUGCCGCCCCUCACAGUGAGCAGAGUUGCUAUUCAUGUCUCCACUCACAGACUCCUCUGAGUUGUACAGUAGAAUUCCCUGGCAAUAAGUACUGCUCAGAAUUC